GCAUGUACGUCACUAGUGCGCGUGCCCGCGGUCGAGAGCGCGAGGCGCCAGCCGGGGUCUACGGUCUUCGUUUUAUUUCGCUCGAGCUAGCUGGUUAAACUUUGUGGUGUUUAUUCAAGACGGGACACGACAGGACACAUUUCCGUCAGAUACACAGACACCAGGGUCACGAAUGAACCUUGGCGCCAUGAAGAAGCGAAGAGAAAGUCGCCGUUAGCUGUUAGCUAUGUUGUUAGCGGUAUGUUCCUGUAUCUGAGGGAAGCACCACCUUCAUCAUCAUCAUCGUCGUCGUCAUCAGGAGGAUUCGGUUCCGCUCACUGAGUCGGUUUAAUAAUGGCGACUGUUCUGUUCACGCGGUUUGUCUGCUUUUGUAGAUACUUGCAGGAUCCUUGCCAUGUCGCCAGGUUUCAGCAGCUUUGCGGUGUUAGAGGGACGUUUUCCCGCAGAUCAGCCGCGACAGAGAAGGACAGAGACCGGGACGUGUGUCCUAACGGCCCGGGGGUGAAUCGGUGUGACGGUGAACCGGACACUGACAGCAAGAAGUGUAUGAACCAACACGAAAACGAGGACAUUUCUUUGCUCAGCUCUGGUACUGAAACAUUAAAGUCCAGAGGAAGAGUGAAGCCUCUACGUAAGAACUCUCUGACUGAUGAUGUUGGCCAGGAGUUCAUCAUAGACAACAAGUUUCUCUUCUACCUCUUCACUUUGGGCACUGAACUGGGCAAUGAGAUGUUCUUCAUCGUGUUCUUCCCGUUCCUGAUGUGGAACGUGGACGCGUGUGUGAGCAGGCAGAUCAUUGUCGUGUGGGUCUGGGUGCUGUUCUUCGGACAGACCACCAAAGACCUGGUGAGGUGGACGCGACCUGCAUCACCGCCCGUGGUCAAAGUGGAGGUUUUCUACAACUUCGAGUACAGCAUGCCAUCCGUGCAUGCCAUGACUGGAACCUCUGUCCCUUUCUGCCUCUUCAUGCUCACUUACAGCCGCUGGGAGUACCCCUUCCUGUUUGGACUGACUGUGGCCAUAUGCUGGAGUUUCUUGGUCUGCAUAAGCAGAAUCUACAUGGGAAUGCAUUCUGUCUUGGAGGUGAUUACAGGCUUCCUGUACAGCUUGCUGAUCCUAGCUGGCUUUCUCCCUUUCCUGGAAGACAUCGACACGUUCUACUUAUCGAGCAACAUGUCUCCUGCAGUCGUUCUAUUGCUGCACGUGGGCUUGUCCGUGCUUGCCUUUGCUCUGGAUUCAUGGAGUACGUCCCGGGGUGACACCGCCCAGGCUCUGGCUACCGGUGCAGGGGGUGCACUAGCAAGCCGCCUCAACCAGCAGCUGAGCCUACUGCAUGACCCGCCUGCCUCCUCGCUUCCGCUCAAGAUGCCCUCUAUCACCUGUGCACUGCUAGGACAGACUCUUCUGCGCUUGCUGAUUGGUGUAGCAGUUCUGCUGGCUGUGCGUGCAAUCAUGAAGGCCAUCGCCAUCCCAGUAGCCUGCCAGGUAUUUGGUGUACCCUCUAAUGAUGUACGCAAGGCGCGACAGAACCCUUGUGUAGAGAUUACUUACCGUUUCCUGGUUUAUGGUACAGUAGCCUUUUGUUGUGUCUUCCUUGUGCCACUUUUCUUCCUCUGUCUGAACCUGUCCUGAAGAAACUAUCAGGCUUUUGCCUUAUCCAGUAAUGUGGCAUUAUGUUUUAUGUUGAAUUAGUUUUCUGUAAAACAUUUUUAGGAGCUAUCUGUAAUAGCAUUAGACAAAGAAACCACUAAACUCUAUCAAGUAAAUAUGUUUUUUUCUGAUUUUGUUGUUACUUAUUAAUAUUUUAUUUCAAUUUUUAAUGUAUUACUUUUAAAUCUUUUCAAAUCUUUCUUUAAUAAACCAAAGUGUCAUUAAUUGUGCCAGAACACAGAGGGUAAAUAUUACACCAGGCAACCUUUUUGCACAGCUCUGUAAAAAGAAUGAUACUGUUAAAAAAAAAAAGUAUUUUCUGAAUCAACGAUUUACUCCAUAACUGUUCUGACUGAGUGUUUAUCCCAUAUAGCUAUAGAAGAUUAUACAAUCCCUUAUAGGUUUUGUACAGACUAUAUCACAUUUGUUCAUCCAAGUGGAGCAAAAAAUUGUGCAGAUCGUUUAUUGGUCAAAUGAAUGGCCGCGUAACAUUUUGUAACGUGCACUGGCUAGGACAAAAAUUUGUCCCCGAGCACUAUUUGGUUGUGAAAUGCUUACAUUGUGCAGAGCAACAGAUUUGCCACAGUCAGUAAUUGUGUACCUUCACAGUGCGUCUGUAAGGGUGUGGUGGAGCAACGACCUCGUUGUGCUUAUUGCACUGGCAGUGUCUCAGAGGUGAACAAAAGCAUAUGCUGUAGGGAGAAACAUCACAAUAUUUACUAAUGUUUCUGGUUUGCAUUGUGAGGAUCCUGUUUGUUUUAUAUCCACCCGUCUCCUCUACAGCGUUCCUACCUACACCCAUCCUGCACCAUUGUGUUCUGCAGUAUACUGGCUCCUUUCCCAGCAAAUCAAGCCUGAGCACACUUACAAGCCCUGCCUAGCCAUGUUAAACUUGUAUAUACAAACCCACUCCUGAGGGUUUUCCCUUUUUAGGCCUUUCAUUGUCCUCUGGUACAUCCCGAAGCAUGAUUUUUCACUUCAGAGCAACACAGUGCAAAGUUGGAGUCUGUGUUUGAAGACUGCUGUUUUCAGACUAGUUAUGUUUGCUCAUACUUGAUAGUACCUAGAGUCUUAAUUUGACAUCCUCUUGUUUUUCCUCCAUUACUUGUUUGCUUUGCAUGAAUAGGAUGUGUUUGUGAGAACAAGGGGAGGAUGACUUCCUGUUCUUUCAGUCUGUGUGCACAAAUUCAUACAUGUUUAAUCUAAAUCUCUGGUCUCUGGGACUGUGACAUUCAGUCUCAUGGACUUACGGACAGUCUCAGUGAACGUCACAUUAACAAGCCUCAGCUUGAGUCGAUAUUCUAAAAUGUAUGUGUGUGUGUGUGUGUGUGUGUGUGUGUGUGUGUGUGUGUGUGUGUGUGUGUGUGUGUGUGUCUUUAUACACAUUACAGGCUUGUUUUUGUGUUAAACUAUUUUGUGUAGGAAAUGUUUUGAAUCAUGUAUGGUGUAAUUUAGUUUAAACUUGAACAGCCGGUGGAAGGAGAACUUAUAAUGAUAUAUAAUUACAGUUCAGCAUACCCAGGCGUCCUGUAGCGUAACACUCAAUUGCUCAAAUGAAUAUUAAAUGCACAUUUCUGUGUUAAAAAUAAACACUUGAAAAGAUAGUGAUUCAUGAUAUUUGACUCGAGUAAAGAUUUGAUAAGUUCACGUAUCUGGAGCAAGCGAUCAAUAAGCCGAGAACUUUGGCAGAAUUGAACAGCGCAUUUCUCAGUAACUCAGACGUUCAAUCUGAGUGUCUGCAAAUCUGGAAGUGAAUUUCAGAAGCCUUGAAAUGUCUCUUACUUGAAUGAAAUACUGAAAAUGACUUGAUGUACUGUUUUUAUAUUAGAUGUAGUGCAUAAUGAUUUUAAUUACGUUGCUUAGAUGGCACGGCUCCAUGCCAUGAUAUAUGUAUAUACAGUAUGUGUAUUUUCUUAUCUGAUAAGAAAAUAAGAAAAUACUUAUAAAAUUUCUUAUCAGAUAAGAAAAUACACAUACUGUAUAUACAUAUAUCAUGGCACAGCUCCAUGCCAUGAUAUAUGUAUAUACAGUAUGUGUAUUUUCUUAUCUGUCUGAAUAAUAGAGAAAGGAUUUGGAGGUCCAGACAGAUGUAUACCUGCAAAGUGGUCAGUAUUUGUCAUAAAAUAUUUAUUACUCUGCAUAUUUUGCAUUAUGUCAUGGGAAGCUAUCGGUCUGUUUAUAUAUGAUUGAAAUGUUAAGAGAUUAUGCCGAGUUUGUAUUAAGACAGAUUCAAGUGUCUGGUAUUCAGCAUAUCCUACACCACAGAUCUUUUGCUAAUAAAAUAACAUCAGUUCACUUAUUCUGCUUUAUUUGUGGUCCAACACUUAUGAAGAGACUACAGUACAUCAUGUACUUGUGCUAUACAGAAGCCAUGUUUGAGAGUUAAGAGGAAAUAUUGUAAUGCCUGUGAUUGCAUUGCUGUUAAUUCUGCAAUGAACCCAAUACUUAACCCCCCCCCCCACACACACACACACACACACAAACACACACAUAUGAAACUAAAAAUGUGUAGUUUGCAUAAAUAGCUGUCAUUAGACACUCGUUGUAUAUUAGAUUAAUUUCACCGGUAUGAAAACAUAAACUAGGCCGCAAUAAAUACAGUAGCUGAACAUCUAUGUGUGUUUUCCUGUGUGUACAUUGCUGUGUGCUAUCUCAGUGGUAAUUCUCUGAUGUAAUCUGCAAUCUUACCAUGAAAUUCUGAUUUGAAUCAAAUAAUCUUUUCUUAUUUUCUACUAAUUAGGCCAAGCAAGCAAGUAUUAAAACUUUAAAAAGCAAUACAUUCAUUUGAUCACUCGUACAACAGACACAAAGUAAAAUUGUAAUAUAUUUUUCUUUGUCACAUAAAGCAUAAUUUAAAGUAUUUGAGUUAAAUAGUUAAUAAUUAUUAUUUGUGCAAAGCUAUUUCAUUUGUUCAGAGAAUAGAUAGCACCUAUUUUCAACUGUUAAAAAUGUGUCCAUUAAAGGAUGUCCAUCUCAAUACUG